AGGGCGGGGAGGCCGGGGUGUGGGAAGUGUGGCGGCCCCGCCCCGUGUCUUGGAACUGCCGAGGUCGCCACCGCUGCCGCCGCCGCAGCUGUGGGAGACUGGCGCGGUUACGCAGGCGAAAGGCGCUCUUUCCCUGCUGAAAGUACCCUCAGAAAAGCAACCAUCUCCCCAGCCCACCAUGGCGGACGAAAUUGAUUUCACUACUGGAGAUGCUGGGGCUUCCAGCACUUACCCUAUGCAGUGUUCGGCCCUGCGCAAAAACGGCUUCGUGGUGCUCAAAGGACGACCAUGCAAAAUAGUGGAGAUGUCAACUUCCAAAACUGGAAAGCACGGUCAUGCGAAGGUUCACCUUGUUGGAAUUGAUAUUUUCACGGGCAAAAAAUAUGAAGAUAUUUGCCCUUCUACUCACAACAUGGAUGUUCCAAAUAUUAAGAGAAAUGAUUAUCAACUGAUAUGCAUUCAGGAUGGUUACCUUUCCCUGCUGACAGAAACUGGUGAAGUUCGUGAGGAUCUUAAGCUGCCAGAAGGUGAACUAGGCAAAGAAAUAGAAGGAAAAUAUAAUGCAGGUGAAGAUGUACAGGUGUCUGUCAUGUGUGCAAUGAGUGAAGAAUGUGCUGUAGCCAUAAAGCCCUGCAAAUAAAUGGGAACAUCAGGCAUGAGCAAAAUGUUUAGGUCUGGAUCAACUGCAGAUCUAAAGUUUGGUUCUAAGUUGUCACCAAAGCUAUGGCGUUCAUAAGCAACCUCAUUUCUUUUUUAAUUGUUUUGAAAUUGUGCUGAGUUAGUUUUGCAGGCAAUUCGUAAUUUAAAAAAAUGAUCAAGAUGUAUAAUUCUUUUUUUUAAAUUUUGUAGGUGUCUUUCCUAUAACUUUCCUGUGGUUUUCAGUAUGUAAGUCUAAGAAACAGACAAGAUAGCUUCAGCAGAUGUGAUUUGUCUGAGCAAAUCGUUCCUAAAUUUUAGUUAAAUGAUAAAUAAACCAGGGUUUUAAAUCAAACAAUGUAGCAUCUAGUGGUAUUGAAGCACCACAUUUAAGUUGAAUUGCUCUGCAUUAAUUUCGAACUUAAUAUCAUAGAAUAAGUAGAUUAUGGAUUGGAAUUGUCAGAGUUUCAGCAUGGGUGUGGCAAGUACAGAUCCUUAAACAAAAAUCAUGUUAUCAAAGAGUGCCAGUUAUCUUAGUAACCAUGUGCAGCCCACCUGUAUUACCUCAGUCAUUCUGUUCUUUGCCAAAUUGCUGGUAGACUUAAUAUAACCUAUAUUAUGGGGAUUUUAGUACUUUCUUGUGGUUGACAGAGGCAUUAAACUGUUUUGUGAUUGUUAGCAAGUCAUAUUGUAAGGAAGACACAAAGGACAGUGGCAAAGGAUGUUGGUUAAAGCUAUAGGUUUUUAUCUGUGGCCUUUGUAUUCAACAUAAAAAUAGGAAGUUUCCAUUUGUGUUUUUGCCUUUAACUCUUGUUUUCUCUCUUUAUUAAAGGGAGUGACCUGCUUUACAGGAUACUAUGCAGCACUUUUUAUCAAUUAUGUUGAAUAAAUGUUGGUAUUUUUAGUAGUCACUCCUUUUCAGCCAUUUUUAAGUAGACUUUUUUGACAUCAAAAUAUUUGUUAGACAAAACUGGAAAUUCUUACUUUAAAUUGAUUUGGAACAUUUGUUAAAUUUAUGUAUGUUUUUUCUAACAUGAAAGUGAAUCAUAGAAGAAAUAAUGUGAUAAUUAUUAUUUAACUUAAGAAGUAUAUGUAUUUUAACUGAUUGUCAUGUGACUUAAUUCAGUUACUGGUGUGAAAUAUAUCUAGGAAAGAAUUCUAUAAACAAUUAUUUUAAAAAGUAUUUUAGGUGAUUCUGCUACAUUUCUGUUUAGUCUUUUGGAUCAUAUAUCUAUAUUUCCAGAAUUCUAGGCAUUGUCAAAGGGUUUGUGAGGACCUUUGACUCAAUACCAGUCAUUAUAUUGCAGUGAAACUUAGAACAAAAUCACCAUUUCAGUAAUAACUUCAUUCUCUAAGACUCAUUAUGAGACCUCUCCCAUCAUACUUUGACUUCUAAAAGGCCUUUGUACCUAUCAUCUAGAGGAAAAUAUGUAUGAUGCUGUAACUGAUCUACUCAGUGACUGGAAAUAGCAUUAGGAACAGAAGAUCCCAAAGUUUUAGUUACUUAGUUUGCACACACUUUUAAAUCUUGUAUUGGCCUCAGCAAACCCAUUUGGAGAAGAAGCAAGAUACUUUAAGGAAAUGCAAGAGGAAUUCUAAAGCACAAGAAAUAUUGAGGUUGUAGUUAAUCAUUUUUAGUAUAACAUUUUAGUUUUUCCCAUCGAAAGCACAGUUAGUAACUAGACUAAAUUCUUUCCAGUAUUCCAUUUAAGUAUCUACUACAUACUGCUCUAGUUUUUUAGUACUCUGUAAUAUGUAUCUUACUUGGGACUGGUUGGCAUUGUUACCCACAGGAGCUCCAAAAAGUUAUCAGUCUGUGUUACUUGCUGGUCAUUCAUAUGACCCCAGUUAACCACACUGAUGUUCUGGUUUAGUAUUAAUUCUGGAUUGGCAUGCCCUUGUUCUUCAUAAUUUGUCAAACUUCACAUAAAUAUAUUUUCAAUUGUGAGGUAAGUGUAUAUAAAUUAUAAUAAUGCAUCUGUACCUUCAUAUCUUGAAUGGCAAAAGCUAUUUAUGCUUAAAUAUUUCAUUUUAAUUACUAUAAUGAGUAUAAAUACUCUUCUGUCAUAUAAUUAAUUAUAAGUAUAGAUUUUAAAGAUAUGGGACUGUUUAUUUUCACAUAAGUCAGUACAUGUUUCUCUAGAACAAUAUAUUUCAUUUAGAAAAGCUUUAUAAAUUGUAUUAAAAGGAAGCAGGAAACAUAUUUUUUAACAGAACAGAAGUGACUUCAUUCUUUUUUGACAUCAGAAAUGUUAAAAGUUGAUUCCUAGUAUUUGUUGUACUUUUUUGUAGCAAAUGUGUUAAAUGUCAAAGUUACCAUAUAUAGAAUGUAGACUGUCACAUUGAUAGAUUAUACAGUGAUACCUUUUUGUCUGUAGGCAUUUCACCAAUUUAUAUACAAUAUUAUAGUAACAAGUGGAAUAUUUGUUUCUUUCUAGAACAACAUAUUUUAUUUCUACUGUGAAGAUUUUGUUUUACCUUAUUUGCUACAAAGUUGUAUACCCUCUGAAAUAGAUCAAAUUAUUGCUACUUUGACUUAGCAUUUGCAUCAUAAACAUAAUUAUGAUGUUUCUUUUAUGCUCCCCUCCAAGGGCUGUCAGUCACUUGAAAUUAUUGCUAACCAAGCUCUUGAAUACGUUUCCAUUUAUGGUACAAAAUUCUGUACCAAUGCUUUAUAACAUUUAUCAGAACUCUCCUGCAGCCAGAGCAUGAAAUCUUUAAUAGGAGAUGCUGCAAUAAAAUGUUUAGGCUAUAAAAUUUGGGGACACAACUUCUCAUUAUAGCACAAUUAGUGUGCAUGUGCACAUAUAGCUUUGUAUGUUUGUUCUUUUUACAACAUCAUUCCAACUCUUUAAAAGUACUGUAGUCUGGUAGUGCCUCAAAUGUUGGUAACUGUUUUUUUUUUUUAAUUUACAGCUUUUCCAGAAUUUGUUUUUGUACUUUAAAGUUUCUCAAUUAGAUAAUUUCUAGUUGAACUGAAAUUUGAAUGCAUUGUUCUCAGGGCUCUUUGUGCUAAGUGCUGAAGUUUCAUUAUUUCAAAGCUAACUGCCUGAAAGUAUAUUGCAAAUUUUUCCCAAAUUAUAAUAGAGUGAUACAUACAAACAAAAAUCUAUAAUAUCAACAUACUUAAACCAUAUAGUAAAUAUUCAAGAAAAAAAUGAGAACAUUAGUAACAUCUAUACUGGAAUCUUGCCAUAUUUUUUUUCAUUUUAGAAAAGAAUUUGGUAGUCUUAUCUUAGACCCUUACCCUUAAUGAUAUAUCUGAAAGCAUUCCUUUGGCCUGGAACCCAGAGAUAGUUUUAGAGCCAAACUUUGAUGUGAUUCUCAAACAUAUUUAGGGACAACAGAACAAAAAUUCAUAGUACUUUUUUGGGUACACUAAAAUGUUUACAUAUUGAAUUCUGUAAUAUGAACUAGGAACAAAUUUAUUAUGAGAAAAUAUGGCUCUUAAGCAGAAAAAGUGUGAACUAUAAGCAUAUUUCCAUAAACAGUAUAUUAUAUUGAACUGGUCAACAGUUUAAAAUUUUCUGAUAUCAUCUAAGCAAAGUACUUCAUAGUUUUCAAGCCUAUUUUUUUUCUACCAUUCAGACAAGUAAUAGGCAACAAAAGCUUAAGAAAAAUUUAUUGUGGAAAAUCUUAAAAUUGAGAAAAUUCAAUCUAUUAACUUUAUUAAAUUUUUUUCUCUGAAUUGGGUAUAUGGCAUUAUUUGAUUUUAGCAGGGAACAUUUGGAUUUAGCUUACGGAACACAGAUGUUCUGUGGGAACAUGACUUGAAGUUCUAUAUAAUGUUUUUUCAUUAAAUAACCAUCUGAACAUCAAGGUAACUACCAAGUGAGGUCAAGUGCCUGAAAAGUGCUGUAUACAUCUAAUUAGCAUGUUUUCCUUUCAUGAAAGAUGCAUCUUAUAGCAAUGCAUAUCAGGCUUUCACCUUCUAAAAACAUACUUGCCAAACUUUACCAUCCACCACUAUCUCUGUCUCCUUAGAACAGGUCGAAACCUAUUUUACAAUUGAGAGAGAUUGCUUUAUUUAUAUAAAGUCCCUAAAACUGUGUCUUGAUAUUGGUAGACUUAAGUUUAUCUUAGUUCAAGAUUGCACAUUUUUAAAGCUCUGGAUAUAAACUUUAUUCAGUGAUGACUAUACAGCUUGUCAUAAGUCAUAGUUGUGACCAUUCUUGAAAGGAAUUCUUUAUUGUGGUUAAUAUCUACUAUAAAUAAGCACUCUUGUGCUUGUUACAAAGUAUAGUGCAAAUUACUAGCUCUAUACUGUUUUUGUCCUCCUCUCCAAAAAGAAAAUAGUUGAAAUGGCAUUGUCUAAUCCAGUGGCACUUUAUUGGUGAUACAUUUUAUUUGUCAUAGGUAUAAGAGAACUUAUGCUUUUACCUGCAGAGACUUAUAUGUUUUAGCUAAAACUUUAAAACUGUAAGAUAUGUAGUAUGGGUAUUAUUAUAAUCAUGUAUUUUACAUUUCAAAAAUGGGUAAAAUUAAAAUAUUAAGCCUUUGUCUAUAUUAAAAUAAUUGUGAAAUCCUUUAAAAUAUAGAUGGUAAACUUAGCAAUUAUAAUUUUUGUUACAUUAAAAUAUAUUUGUCUGUUAACAUCAUCAGUUAUAUUAAAUAAAAAUAAAGUUAAUUUAACAGCU